AUGGAUGAUAUAUUUAUUGAAGGUUUUGAAAAUUUUAAAACAUAUUCAUUUCGUUUAAAUUAUUCAUUAUCCGAUUAUCGAAAUCGUAAUAUUCAUUAUUCAUAUCAAACAAUUAAACGUACCAUUUGGAUGACAUUGAAUGCAUGGAUUGUAUUAAUGAUUUUAUUUGCAACAAUUUAUUUUGAAAAUAAUCCAUAUAUACUUGAUUAUCAUCAUUUGGAUCUUAUCAAUUAUCGUUCAUCGAUUAAUAAUUUUUUUAUUAACAAUAUUCCUUUUGAUUCGAAAAAAUUACAAACAGAUUCAUUAACAUAUUUAAAAAAACUAUAUUCAAUAACAAAUUUUUUGGCAAAAUUAUCAAAUCAAAUUAUCAAAUUAAUUUAG